AUGGAGAGCCUCGUCCUCGCCUCGUCCUGCUCCGUGUCCCCACGGCUCCCGCUACUCCCCUCCGCCGCCCGCUUCCGGAGGCUGCCCGGCUCCGUGCCGCCGCCGCCGCCGGCGGCGGCGGCGUCCACCAGCGGUGCCGCGCGGAAAGGGCCCAGGAGGCCCAGGCUCUUCGUCGCCGCCGCGGCAGCACCUCGCGGAUCCGGGAACGUUUUCUUGGGAUCGAGAGCAAAAGGCUUUGCAAGCAUUUCAUCUUCGACUGGCAAUGAGAAUAUGUCUACUGGAACCGGUACCCUGCCUCCCAUGCCUCCCCCAUCAUCAUACUUUGGUUCACCUGUUUUCUGGAUUGGAGUUGGUGUAGCAUUGUCUGUGGCGUUUACCACGGUCUCUUCCAUGGUAAAGAGAUAUGCCAUGGAACAAGCAUUUAAGUCAAUGAUGACCCAGGCACCACCAAACUCAUUUGGCUCCAACUCGCCUUUCCCAUUUGGCAUGCCACCACAGGCAUCUCCUACUGCACCAAGCACUUUUCCGUACUUGGAACCAAAGAAAGAUACCUCCCCACAGGUGUCAACUGUUGAUGUCUCAGCUACCGAAGUGGAAGCCGCUGGAACAUCGAAAGAGGUGGAUGUGACUGAAACGCCGGAACCUUCAAAGAAAUUUGCAUUUGUUGAUGUAACUCCCGAAGAGUUGCAGGAAAAGAACCUCCAAUCUUCACUGGAGACGGUAGAUGUGAAACAUGAUAGUACAGACAGUGAAAGUAAGGAGGAUACUGAGGAAAAAGUUCCCACAAAUGGAGCGACUUUUAAGCCGAAUGAAGAUGCUGCUCGUGGGCCAACUGAAUCUAGUAACUCGGGACCUAUGCUAUCCAUUGAGACAAUUGAAAAAAUGAUGGAAGAUCCAGCUGUGCAGAAGAUGGUGUAUCCCUACUUGCCUGAAGAGAUGAGGAACCCAGAUUCGUUCAAGUGGAUGCUGCAGAAUCCAAUGUACCAGCAACAACUACAGGAUAUGCUAAAUAACAUGGGUGCAUCUCCUGAUCAAUGGGAUAACCGCAUGGUUGAUCACCUAAAGAACUUUGACCUUAGCAGUCCAGAAGUGAGGCAGCAGUUUGCGCAAGUUGGCAUGACUCCCGAGGAAGUGGUAUCGAAAAUAAUGGCAAACCCAGAUGUAGCUGUUGCAUUCCAGAAUCCAAAAAUACAGACAGCCAUCAUGGACUGCUCGCAGAACCCUCUUAACAUUGUAAAAUACCAAAACGACAAGGAGGUGAUGGACGUUUUCAUGAAGAUAUCACAAAUCUUCCCCCAAAUUAGCGGCUAG